AUGUCCACCAUAGAAACAAUACUGAUAACAGGCGCCUCCUCCGGCCUCGGCCUCGGCUUCCUAACGCACUACCUCUCCCUUCCCGCCUCAACGCCCAAAAUCAUAGCCAUAGACACCCACCCCUUACCCGAAAAGAUCAUUACACUGAACCCACUAACACUCUCCUUUCACCGCCUCGAUAUCACCAGCGCCGAAGCGGUCCAAAACCUCGCAUCAACCUACACCCACACGCCUCUUACUCUAAUCGUCCACUGUGCCGGCAUCCGUGGCCUAGUCCCAUCAAUAGUAUCCCACGAGAAGGACACAAACCGCAAUGUCGCAAGCACCGAGACACUGGAAGUCAUGGACAGAGAAACAAUGAUGCGAACCUUUGAGGUAAACACCUGGGGAACGUUUAACCUUGUCAAGUCAUUUUUACCGUCUCUCGUCUCCUCUUCGUCAUCGUCACUGGAAAAUGCCAAUACUACACGUCCCAAAGUCGUCAUCCUCUCCUCCCGCAUGUCCUCCAUCUCGGCCAAUUCCGCAGGAGGCGCAUACGCGUAUCGAGCGAGUAAAGCAGCGCUGAAUGCGGUGGUGAGGAGUUUUGCGAUCGAUGUGCCGCAGGUGCAGUUUUUACUGUUGCAUCCUGGGAGGGUGGAGACGGGGUUGGUAGCGUGGAAGGAAGAAGGGGCGGUGAGCGUGGAGGAGAGUGUUGCAGAUUGCUUGAGGGUUUUGGAGAGGAUGGAGGAGGAGGAGUGGGCAAGUGGAAGGUUGGUGGAUCGAUUUGGGGAGGAGAUUGGGUGGUGA